AAAAAAUUCUCUUCUUCCCUUUGAUUUUUCUGAUUCUGCAGACAGACAAACAUCACCGAAGGAAAGAAAAAAAAAAAAAAAUUCCUCGUAAAUUAGCAACCCUAGUUCUUUCAUCUUUCUUUGUACUUGAAUGGAGUCUCUUCAACGGCCUUUACACAGAAGAAAACUCUCUAGCGCCAAUGGCUUUUCAUUUUCAUCGAAACAACAUCCAUACGACGACGUUUUUACAGGUUCACAAAUACCCAAGUUCGGAGCCCCGGUUGGAGCUCCGGAUUACUCUGAGAUUUUUGGAGUUACAUCUCGUGGUUCAUCGAUUCCUGUGCUGGAUCUCUCUAGGCUAAAUGAUGAUGCUACGGUUUCAGAUGAUUGUAAAAUUGAUUAUUCUAAUAUUUUUGGUGGUUUUGAUGACGAAAAUUAUGAUAUUGCUGUGCCUUAUGAAGACUUGUUUUCUAAACCUAAACGAGGCAAACGUUCUUCUAGUAAAUCCAGGACUGCUUCGGAAGGAUCCGAUCAAUUUAGUCCAAGUGGAAGGCAAAAUGAGUCCUCAUGUGAAGCAACUAAUCAAUCUUUGGAUGGGCCAAAGCACUUUAACUUAUCUUAUCAUAAGACCAGUCAUAGAAGCCGAGAUGGGUCAAAUGGUAUGACACAGAUAGCUCAACUGCAUGCUGUCCCUGGUUUUACGCAUUUUAUAGAUGAAAGUUCUCAUUUACCAAAGACUGAUUCCUGUCAAGAAGCACCCUUUGUAAAAAGUGAAGUACUUCGCCAAAAGAGUUUUAGUGGGGAGAUAUUUAAAGGACGUGAUAGGAAGGAGGAUUUGCAUGCCCCAAAGCUACAAAGUGUAGAUGGAGUACAUCGCAACAGGAGCUUUAGUGGUGAAAUAUUUAAAGAAGGGCAUGCUAGGAAUGUGGAUUUGCGUGUCCCCAAGAAACAAAGUUCAGAUGGACAUCGUAAUAGGCGCUUUAGUGGGGAAAUAUUUAGAGAAGGACGUGAUAGGAAUGAGGACUUGCAUGUCCCCAAGAAACAAAGUUCAGAUGAAGUUCAUCAUGACAGGAGCUUUAGUGGGGAAUUAUUUGAUGGACAUGAUAGAAAGGAGAAUUUGCAUGUCCCCAAGAAACAAAGUUCAGUUGGCGUAGUGAAGGUUGCAAGUGGAUCUAGCUGGGAUGCGUUCAAUGAUAAGUUUUUUAGUGCACGUGAUGAAUUUGACAGGAGAUCAAGUUCCACUGAAGGGGCAUCAACUUCAACCCCCAUGGCCAAUGACAUCAAGGGCCAACCUUAUCAAUCAAAAAUUUCUGGUACUGAUUUGAAAUUUGGUGCAUCUGGAAGGGGUACUCGUUCCACUGAUUCUUCUCCACCUUCCUCUGAUGAGGAACUUGAUGCAAAUUCGGCAGCUGCUAUUUCUGCUGCCGCUUUGAAGAAAGCCAUAGAGAAAGCUCAAGAAAGUAUUAGACUAGCAAAAGAGCUAAUGGAGAGAAAAAACGAAAGUGUUCCAGCUUCUCAGAAACAAAGGUCCAAAGGUAACUUAAAACCCAAGGAUAAUAGGGUUGAGUGUAACACAACAAAUAACAGGGGAAAUACUAUAGAAUUGCAGAGAAAAAUAGGUAUUGGAUUGCCUCCAUUUGCUGAGGUUUGCAGGGGAAUUCCAUCAAGCAAAGCUGAUUUUGCUUCGUGCUUCAAUCUUAAAGACCAGCAACGGGUUGCUGGAAAUGUUAAGCUGAAUACCCAGACUGAAAAUGUUGAAGCAUCUCACAGAGAUGUAGCAGGAACUUGGUUUCCGGAGCUGGUAAGUAGUAGAAAAGAGAAUACUCAAACCUUGGCAUCUCAACAGGUUGAGAGCAACAAUCGCUCUCAACCAUCUAUGGAGAAUAAUAGACAUGUAUACAAGCUAAAGGAGAUGAAUACAAGUAACAAGACCAUAGAGCUUAGCGAAGGACCUAAUAACGCCAAAUCAAUGGGGGACAUAAAGCCAACACUAAACGUUCUCGGGAAGGCAGAAGCUCCAGAGAAAUACAAAGGUACUUCUAAUUCAGCUGUGAUGCAUGAUUCUGAAGAUUAUGUAAAUUCAGAAAUCACCAAUGACCAUUCCUUUUCUAAGGAGAAAGGAAAUUGUUUUGCUGAGUUGAAGAAGCCUGAAAACAUGAAGAUCAAUUUAGAGUCGAAAUUUGUUGAACAAUGGAGUUUCAAGAACUUGCCGAAUUCUCUGGCGCCACUUACUGAGGAGAAAAUUGGGUUCCAAGAAAUGGAGAAUGAUAAUCUACCUAACAACGGAAAGACACCUCCAGGAAACGAGAUGCUGAAGCAUGAAGACUUGGAAUGCAGAAUAGCGCCGAAGAAGUUAGAAAAUGUUGAGAUGGAAGAAAACAAAAGUAGAUCGAGAAGGAGCUCCGAUGAAGAAGAAACUGACAUUGUACGUAAGGAAGCCUUCUUAUGGGGGGAAAAUGAUGAGAAGCCGCAACAUGGCUUCGAGAAAGAAGGCAUUGAGAGUAGACAGGAUGAUUUCCAAGGGGGACAGGACACCGGAAUGUGGUCGCAUGGGGUUCAUGAGCAUGGGCUGAGUGAAAACAAAACGACUUACUCUCAUGGAUGGGAAGAAAGUGAGAGAAAACAUGAAGGAUCUGAGAGGGAAAUACUUCAGAAUAUAUCCACAGAGCGUUGUCAGUACGAAGCAACUGAAGACAUAGAGAACCGAGCUGAUAAAUUCACACAGAAUAGAAAGACUGAAGCAAGUCAGGAGGCUGAAGGAACUGAUAGUGGGCUGGAAGCAUCUGAUAAGAGUGAGGAUGAUCAGGAGACAAGUGUGGCUCCAGGAGUUGCUGAUAAACAGAAUUCAAAGAAAGCUGUUAAUGAGCCUGAUCAUGAUGCCAGUACUUGUUCAAGAGAGAUACAAGAAGAUUGUGAAUGUCAACUAGAAAAUGAUGACCUUGGAAUAAGUCAGCAGGCAGUUGAUUUUGAAGGGAUACAAGGAGUUCCUGAAGCCAUCAAUGAGCAUGAUGAGUGUGAGAAGGAUGGAGUAAUUGAAGAGUCAUCCAGUUCUGGGGAGAAGGAGAUAAUGGAAACUGCUAAUGAUCUCCAAAAUGCUAGUGAAGACGAUACCUCUGAGGGCAUGGUGCAAGAUACUUAUGGGGCCUCAUCUGAGGAUGCCAAGGAAGUGAAUCAUGGUUCCACUUGCAUGAAUGGUGCGAACAAUCUUCCGAGUGAGAGAGUGGUGUUUGAGACAGAGAGCUUCUGCGAUGUUAUUCAAGAGAAUGUCAGUGAUAAUGAAUCACAUUCUGUACCUGAGGUCGACCCUUCUGAAGAACAAGAGAAUACCACAUUUACUGACAUAAACCUUGAACAGAGGUGCAUGGAGGAGACCGGUAGGGAACCAGAAGAAUCCUCAAAUCUUGAUGAAGGGGAUGACUCUUGGGUCCGUGGACAUGUAGAAAAUGAGGAAACAAUCAAGGGGGAUAGUGUCGUUGACCAGGUCGAGAAAAACAAAGAUAUUGAAGCACCUCAGCAAGUAAAGAAGUCUGUUGAGAACUCAGAAGACUUAGAAUGCUCUUCUUUACCUGGUCACGGCAAAGACAAUAAACCAAUGGACAGUGAUGAAGAGGUAAAAGCAGAACUGCAUGGGGAAGAGAACAGUCUCAGCGGAAAAACUGUUGUAGACGUGGAGACCAAAGAGUCACUGCAAAAAGAAGCGGAGGACAAAAAUAAUGGUAGAAAAACUGAGGUAGACAUGAGACAGAGGGAAAGGGAAAAAGAUAGAAUAGCUGUGGAAAGAGCAAUUCGUGAGGCUCGUGAGAGGGCUUUUGCUGAAGCCCGAGAAAGGGCAGAACGAGCUGCUGUGGAGAGAGCAACUGCUGAAGUUCGGGAAAGAGUAAUGGCUGAGGCACGAGAAAAGCGUGAGAAGGCUUCUACAACUAUCAAGGUAUCAACAGACAAAGCUUCUAUUGAGGCCAAGCUUAAAGCAGAACGAGCUGCUGUGGAGAGGGCAACAGCAGAAGCCCGUGAACGUGCUUUAGAGAAAGCUUUAUCACAAAAGAGCAUAGCUGAAUUAAGGUCUCAAGCAGAUAGAGACGGUGUUGAAAGAUCUGCUAGUACAGCCAGAGAAAACGGGUUGAAGCACAGCCUUUCUUCUUCUGAUUUGGAUAAAUUUGAUGGAAGUAAUAGUGAAUCGGCUCAGAGGCGCAAAGCAAGGUUGGAGAGGCACCAGAGGAUAAUGGAACGAGCAGCAAAAGCCCUCGCGGAGAAGAAUAACCGCGAUCUUCUGGCUCAGAAAGAGCAAACAGAGAGAAAUAGACUAGCAGAAGCUCGUGAUGCUGAUAUUAAAAGAUGGGCCAGCGGGAAGGAAGGGAACCUACGUGCACUGCUUUCUACUCUGCAAUAUAUCCUGGGUCCCGAUAGUGGUUGGCAACCCAUCUCGCUGACUGAAAUUAUUACAACUCCUGCUGUGAAGAAAGCUUACAGGAAAGCAACUCUUUAUGUUCACCCUGAUAAGUUGCAGCAAAGAGGAGCGAGCAUUCAGCAAAAAUAUAUUUGUGAAAAGGUUUUUGAUCUUCUUAAGGCCGCAUGGAAUAGGUUCAACUCAGAAGAGAGAUGACACAACGUUUUUGGAAUUUCUGUGGCAUCUCCACGCUGUCCUAGUGUUGGCAACCAACUUUUCAAGAUGGAAGAUGAUGAACGAAUUAAGGGUGCCUUAGUUUUGUCUUGUAUAUACAUUGAACUAUUGGAAAAUCUAAUCUCGGAAUUGAACAAUAGCUCCUCAAUUUGGAAAUUCAGGCUGAAAUGAUUAAUUUACAAAAUGUGCAAAUGCAAGGUAA